UUCAAACCUGUAGUACAAGCGAGGACGAGCACGAGAAAGAAGCUGCCCCGUCGAGAAACUUCAGUCUACAAAUCAAUAUUGAUGGAGUGGCAGCCGGAUGAACAGGGACUCCAGCAGGUCCUCCAGCUCCUCAAGGACUCCCAGUCCCCCAACACGGCCACACAGAGAGCCGUGCAACAAAAACUUGAACAGCUCAACCAGUUCCCUGACUUCAACAACUAUCUAAUCUUUGUGCUCACAAGACUGAAAACUGAAGAUGAGCCCACUCGUUCUCUGAGUGGUCUGAUCCUGAAGAACAAUGUGAAGGCCCACUACCAGAACUUCCCCCCGGCCGUGGCUGACUUCAUCAAGCAGGAAUGCCUCAACAACAUAGGCGACCCGUCACCCCUCAUCCGUGCCACCAUCGGUAUCCUGAUCACCACCAUCACUUCCAAAGGGGAGCUGCAGACAUGGCCGGAGCUGCUGCCCCAGCUGUGUAACCUGCUCAACUCUGAGGACUACAACACCUGCGAGGGCUCAUUUGGCGCCCUGCAGAAGAUCUGCGAGGACUCGUCGGAGCUGUUGGAGAGCGACGCGCUCAACCGCCCUCUCAACAUCAUGAUCCCCAAGUUCCUGCAGUUCUUCAAGCACUGCAGCCCCAAGAUCAGAUCUCAUGCCAUCGCCUGUGUGAACCAGUUCAUCAUCGGCAGAGCCCAGGCCCUGAUGGACAACAUCGACACCUUCAUCGAGAGCCUGUUUGCGCUGGCUACAGACGAGGACUCGGAGGUGAGGAAGAACGUGUGCCGCGCUCUGGUCAUGCUGCUGGAGGUCCGCAUCGACCGGCUAAUCCCUCACAUGCACAGCAUCAUACAAUACAUGCUGCAGCGCACACAGGACCCGGAUGAGAACGUUUCUCUGGAGGCCUGUGAGUUCUGGCUCACCCUGGCCGAGCAGCCCAUCUGCAAGGAGGUGCUCUCUGGACACCUGGUGCAGCUCAUUCCUAUCCUGGUGAACGGCAUGAAGUACUCUGAGAUAGACAUUAUCCUGCUGAAGGGUGAUGUGGAGGAGGACGAGGCAGUGCCGGACAGUGAGCAGGACAUCAAGCCCCGCUUCCAUAAGUCACGCACCGUCACCCUGCAGCACGAGGGAGGAGAGGGAGAGGAGGGAGAGGACAUUGACCAAGAUGACGAUGAUGAUGACGAUACGUUAUCUGACUGGAACCUACGUAAGUGUUCGGCGGCGGCGCUGGACGUGCUGGCCAACGUGUUCCGGGACGAGCUGCUGCCCCACCUGCUGCCCCUGCUCAAGGGCCUUCUCUUCUCCCCUGACUGGGUCAUCAAGGAGUCUGGCAUCCUGGUGCUGGGAGCCAUCGCUGAGGGCUGUAUGCAGGGCAUGGUGCCCUACCUUCCGGAGCUCCUCCCCCAUCUCAUUGCGUGCCUUUGUGACAAGAAGGCCCUGGUGCGCUCCAUCGCUUGCUGGACCCUGUCACGCUACGCCCACUGGGUGGUCAGCCAGCCCCCAGACUCCCACCUCAAACCCCUGAUGACCGAGCUGCUCAAGAGGAUACUGGACGGCAACAAGAGGGUGCAGGAGGCCGCCUGCAGUGCGUUUGCCACCCUGGAGGAGGAGGCGUGUACAGAGCUGGUGCCCUACCUCAGCUUCAUCCUGGACACGCUGGUGUUCGCCUUUGGCAAGUACCAGCACAAGAACCUGCUCAUCCUUUACGACGCCAUCGGUACGCUCGCUGACUCCGUAGGACACCACCUCAACCAGCCUGAGUACAUCCAGAAGCUGAUGCCUCCCCUCAUUGCCAAAUGGAAUGAGCUGAAGGAUGAGGACAAGGAUCUCUUUCCACUUCUGGAGUGUCUGUCGUCGGUGGCCACGGCCCUGCAGAGUGGCUUCCUGCCCUACUGUGAGCCUGUCUACCAGCGCUGUGUCACCCUGGUCCAGAAGACCCUCGCUCAGGCCAUGAUGUACAACCAGCACCCUGACCAGUACGAAGCCCCUGACAAGGACUUUAUGAUUGUGGCCCUGGACCUGCUGAGUGGCCUGGCCGAGGGCUUGGGGGGCAGUGUGGACCAGCUGGUGGCCCGCAGCAACAUCAUGACCCUGCUCUUCCAGUGCAUGCAGGACCCUAUGCCAGAGGUGAGACAGAGCUCCUUUGCUCUACUGGGAGACCUGACCAAGGCCUGCUUCACUCACGUCAAACCCUGCAUUGCUGAGUUCAUGCCGAUCCUGGGCCUGAACCUGAACCCAGAGUUCAUCUCUGUGUGUAACAACGCUACCUGGGCCAUUGGAGAGAUCGCCAUGCAGAUGGGGAGAACUGACAAGAAGGAUGAAGGAGAUUGCUCAGGAUCAGACAUGCAACCCUAUGUUGGGCUGGUCCUCAACAACCUGGUGGAGAUCAUCAACAGACCUAACACACCCAAGACCCUCCUGGAGAAUACAGCCAUUACGAUCGGCAGGCUGGGGUACGUGUGUCCACAGGAGGUGUCUCCCAUGCUGCAACAGUUCAUCAGACCCUGGUGCACAUCGUUGAGAAACAUCAGGGACAAUGAGGAGAAAGACUCUGCGUUCCGUGGAAUCUGCAUGAUGAUCGGCGUCAACCCCGCUGGAGUGGUUCAGGACUUCAUCUUCUUCUGUGAUGCUGUGGCCUCCUGGGUUAGUCCUAAGGACGAUCUGAGAGACAUGUUCUACAAGAUCCUCCAUGGCUUCAAGGACCAGGUGGGCGAGGAGAACUGGCAGCAGUUCUCAGAACAAUUCCCCCCUCUGCUGAAGGAGAGGCUGUCGGCCUGCUAUGGCGUGUAGUUCCCCUCGCCGACACAGGACACGCCUGUCAGGUUUAAUCUAUGGGAGGGUUACUGGGGGAACUCAUCCAUCUAUGUUACUGCACUGCCCUGAUCGUGGGGGGAGGAGGAGAGGGAUUGGCCCUGGCUCCUGUCCAUUCAGACUACAAGUCCCACGACCCUGUGUGUCUCUGUGAGGGUGGGUGGGAGGGAGGGUUACUGGGAGGGAAACUGGGGAGAAAACCUCUGGAUUUCAAACGCCAAACUUAAAUCCAACGACAUACUCCGAUGUAACCAAAGCCACAGGGGUUCUAUAAGAGGGGGAGGGAGGGUAGGAUAAGCAAAUGCACGGGCCGGCUACGAACGGCCCUAGAUCCAUUCGAUAACCAAGGUUAGAGGAGAGCUGUGGUGGGAGGGCGAGCGGGGUGGCAGCAACCCCGGAAUAAGUAAAUUAAGGAGAAAUCUCAAAACCAGCUCAGGAGCCACAGUUUAAAAACACAACACACAUAAUAUGUAGACUGGCACACUUACUUAAUUCAGGCAGGGAAGGUAGUUGCCCUGGCCCGAACGACCAAUCGGUGCACAAGCACAUUGCAUACAUUCUGCAAUAGUCAUUUGAGAAUCUAUACAAAGGCUGUGGGUGGGAUACAGAUGUAGCGCUAAUGUUUUAUAAUAGCUGCCUGAAGGCUAGCCUCAGAGGGGAAAGCAUGAGAGGCUUUUCAACAUAAAAAUGGGGAGAGUUCUAGAAGAGUAAUUUACACCUAUACUACACAAGCUUUCAUAGACCGUACAUUACCGUACCUGUUCAUAUUGGGACUUAUCUCAAUAAAACACAGGUACAUUUAGACAAUUUUUCUUCCCUUGCUUGCAGAAUUUCUUUUUAUUUUCUAAAUAUUUGUUUCUCUUCUAAGAAAAAUAGUAAUUUAAAUGUAGUCUGUUUUUUUUCCUUUCCCAGUUCUUACUACAACAGACCGACACAAUCCUUCCAGAAAUCAUUUACUGUAGUGCUGACAAAUGUCAUUUUUUCCUUUUGACUAGCUCUAGUAAGGGAUUGAUUGGUUUGCAUGGCAAUGAUCACCUCUUAAGUGACGUGUGCGUAUCUCGUUGUUACAAAUAGAAUUUUACAUUUAGAAACAAUGAUAGUAGGCUUAUCGUUCUAAGGUAACAACACUAGGUUAUUUGCUGGGAAA